AUGGGAGUAUUCAAAUCCAACCAACUCAUUACAGCUGCCUCUGUCAUUGUUUUAUUACUAUUCCUUGAAAGAGGACAAUGCGAUUCAAUUUGUCCCAAUGGCAUAACGAACAUCACAGCUUCCAGUGGUGAGAUUGAAUAUCCUGAGUCAGGUACUUAUGGUAAGAAUGAGACCAAAUGUUGGAGCAUUACGGUCCCCGACACUUAUUAUCUCAUUCUAUUUUAUUUUUCCAGGAUUGAUAUAGAAAGGUGCUCUGAUUGUAAGUGCGACUAUCUUCAAAAAGAAACUUCCUACAGCUAUUUGAACCAGCGGUUUAAAGAAUGUGGACGAUAUAGUUACAACUAUUUACAGGGAUAUAUCGUCAACGUCGACUGGACAACUGGCGAGAUUUUGGCUGGACCGACGGUCUAUCUUCGCUUCGUGUCGGAUGAUACUGUACACUACACAGGAUUUAAGUUGAACUUCAUAGCCAUGUCUAGGACAGAGGGUGACAUAAACUAUCUGAAUGCAAGCGAAGAUGAAACUAUUGAGUUUGGCACACCAAAAGUCGACAUUGAGAACUACCCCUCAAAUUACGCAGAACAGUGGAUUUUAAUCGUCCCUGAGGGACGGAAAGUCCAGAUAAACUUCGACAUAUUUGAACUGGAAGACAGCGAGGAUUGCAAAAACGACUACGUUGAGUUCCGUGAAGCAUCCAUCACAGUUGGUGAUCGUAAAAGAAUAUAUGGCCAUUUUGGUCCAAUCCUGACAGGACGCCUGUGUGGAAAUGCAAAGCCAAACUCGAUACUGAGUCAAGGGAAUAUGGUUUGGGUUCAGUUCGCGAGUGAUAGAAAUUCUACCAGAGUGCGCAAGGGAUUCAAAGCUUCUUUUAAAGCAGGACAGGGAAGAUUGCCUGUAAGCCGUCCAAUGAUGCUUCUUUUUCUCUCAGCUUUGAUAAUGUAUGUGUCAAAGAACAACUUGUUCUAGUCCUGUCAAGUGGGAAUCUUUCUUUUAGGUCAUUUUUAGCUCUUAGCGGAUCGAAUUUAUCUGUACGUUGUGGUUUCUUUUUUUUGUGUUAAAAAGUUUUUCAGAUCAGUUUUGGAGCUGAGUCGAUUUCAUUUGUAUGCAUAAUUUUUGUACAAGAUAAACGAAAUUUAAUUGGUGUGAAAGCUCUUAGACUUGAAAAGGCUUGAAAAACAUUAUUUGAAUCUUUGAAGUAACUAAGUAUAUAUGCGUAAUUAGCUAAGAGUGAGGACAAGGUGGCAGGACAUUGUCACAGUUUUUUUUCUUUUUUUGCAUUUUUAUGACUGGGACGGAGUCAAGGUGCAUGAAAAGGCAAAAACGGGGCUAAAAAAACGGCUAAACAAAACAAAACGGGCAUAACGCCCAGCCAUCUUGACCCAACAAGCUAGGUAAAUCGAGGAUUUAUCAUAUAACAAACAUGUAUCGCUUUAAUAAGAAUCAAGAGUGACAUAUUGCUUUGUGUUCUAAUUUUGAUAUUUUCGGGUUUUAUAGCACAA